AUGCCCGCAACACAUUAUGCUGGACUGGAUAUCAGUGACCCACCAAGCUGCACAUCCACCACAUACUUGGCGACGGGUCACAGGCUGGAUAAUCGUGAACCACCCAAGCUGGACAUUCACGACCGAGGUACGCGCGAAGAUGGGUUGCUUGUGUCCACAAAGAGUCUGCGCAGAGUUGAGAUUGGCGUAACGAUUGAGCAAAAACCCGUCGCUUUCUACCUCAAUCGCUUCGUCGGCUCUGGUAUAGAUCGCAUCAUGGAUGCCCACGGCCCACUGGGCUUUCGUGUAUCGAAAAACGACGAGACUCCGUCCGUCAAGAGUUGGCGUCUUUGA